CCACGAGAGCUGCGUCGCGACAUUGUGUGCUGCUUUCCCUCCGAUCCCGACUUGAGCCCCGACUCCUCCGUAAACACGAGGACAGACCCGGGUAUGCGCCUUCCCUCCGGCAACAUCCAACGUCCGAGUCCACCAUUGUAACCCACCACGCCUGGCGCACGCGAUUCUUGCCUCUAGACUUCUUGUCUCAAAAACGAUCCACCCGUCGCAACUUCCACGUAUCCCUCAUAGCUUCCCCCAACACCUUGGUUGAAAGGAGUCGCUCGUCAGCGACCCAAUACAGCCGCCAUGUCAGGCGUUAAGAACCUCCGGGCCAUGUUCGAGCAAAAAGCCGACUCGAGCCCCCCGGAUCGGGGAAGGUCCCCUGGCCUCUCCUCCAACGGCACCGAAACUCCCCCUCCAUCAUUCACCCGCCCACUCUCCAAGAUUCGAACGAGCUUUGUUGCUGUCGAAAAGGACGGAAAAGUAGGGCUCCGCCGAGAUCCCAGUAACGAGUCGAGUGUGUCCCAGCGAAGGCUCAGCAGCCAUACCGAGGGAGAGGCAUCCGUGUCUGGCCUCUCUGAUAAGACAAUGGCCACCGAGGACACUUCUGGGGGCUACAAAACAAAUAUCGUCGGCAGCCCCAUCCCCGAGUCUCCUCGCCGCCCCGACGCGGACAAGCCCACAAAUGGAGCCUCGCCUCGUAACUUGGGGGCCCUGAACAAACACCCGAGCCACAACCCCGACAAACACGUAGACAUCGAAACGCCUACACCAGAGCUGCUCCCAGGCGACCCGACGCAGACGUCGCCCGACCACAGCAAUUCCAAUGGCACCGCUGCUACAAAGACCGCCGGGGCCGCGGCUCCCAAGAACUUGGCGAAGACCACCGCUAAACCUCCUGCCAAACUGGCACCUCCCGCGACCAUCACGAGAGCAAAGACGCCGCUUAGGUCCCCAGUCACGGCCAAAGCCCCUACCACGGGAGCUGCAGGCUCCAAGCCGAGCGCCCCCAAGGCUCCGCACGAUACCUCAAAGAAGCCGGCCGAGAAGAUGGCGACUUCGACACCCAAGUCAGGCGCGAAAUCGGCAGGCACCAAGAAACCUACCCCCGUGCAGGUUUCUCCCUCCAGCGGCGUUGGCUUUGUCAAGCCCAAGGUCAAGUCACCCACCAAGCCCGUGAAGCUGCCUGCUUCGCUGAUGGCCCCGACUGCCGCCUCCGUCCAGAGAGUCAAGGAAGCUCCCCGCGAAAGCCUCUCGCGUGCCUCUGGCAACCAGGGUCGCCCGGCUAGCAGAGCGAGCGCGCCCGGUGCUGCGGCACCACCCAAGACCCUAAAGCGCCAGAACUCAGUUAUCAACCGGCCCCGGCCCAGCAUUGGCCCACCGCCAAAGAAGCCCCUCGAGGACCACCCCAUCACCAAGAAGGAGAAGGAGGUUGACGAGGGCUUCCUGGCUCGCAUGAUGCGACCCACGGCGAGCUCGACCUCGAAGUUGUCGGAGAAGGCUCCCGUUACCCCUCCUAGAAGCAGGAGUGCAAAGCCCAGCAGUGCCAAGAAGGCUUCCGCUUCAAGGAGCCCCAAGAGAGCGCUCUCUAGGCCGGCAGCGGUGCGAGCGGGAAGCCGCACAGGCAGCCCUUUCGCCAACAAGAAGGAGGCUCCCGUCAAGAAGGUCGUUGAGACCGCAGAGGCCGAGGCCAUCGCCGAGGCACCGAGAACCCCAGAGGCAAAGGCACCGGCCACACCAGAGCCCAUUAUCGAGGAGACGGAGACCGCGGCGCCUGAGCUGGGGGCCGUCACGGAAGAGCGUGUUGAGGAGGCUGAGCUCGACGACAUCACGCAGCAGACUGCCACGCUCGACCUCAAGGAGGAAGAGGCCGAGGACCAAGAGCUUAAGAGCCCGGAUGAGUUCGAGGAGCUGCUAGCGGAUGAGAAGGAGGCGGCGGAGGACCAGACGGAGUCAGCUCCGGUCCCUGUUGAGGCGACCACAGAAGUCAAGACUGAGACUGCAUGAAAAAAGAAAAAAAAAACUGUGUCGAAGGGCGGCGGAGGUGAUUGUAUAGUUUUAGAAACCAUUGGGGUGUACCAUGAUACCUGACCGACAAAAAGGCGUAAAUUACUUCGUGAGAGAUUUCAAAGUUCCGGAGCAUGGAGAAGUUGGUGUCUGGAGCCCGAAAUCAGUUAUAGAGAAUGAAUACCACUCGCACAGAAUUAUAUUGUUUCCUUGGAUAUGAGGAUGGUUCCAUGGUGAUUAUGAAACGUGAAUGAUUUUCUACGCUGUCCUGCAUCCUGGUGAUCAGUAUCCGUAGAGUAGCUGAACGACAGCU